AUGCUUAAAAAACUUUUUGUUUCAGUGAUGGCGGCUCUUUUAGUCGUCGGGCAUGGCUCACCGAUAAACUGGAACAAGAGACAAACAGGAUGGACCCUUAACUCGAUCGGGUACAAUGCGGGCUUGAAUGCCCUGCAAAAGCUCUUUGGUAAACGCAUGGUCAAACGAGGAACGUCCCACGAGGAAAUGCUUCAGGAUGACUCGGCCGAGCUUUUAGAGCUGGAACGAAUUCUAUCCGACUACUUGAACUCACCAGCAUUCAAUUAUAAAUAG